CCACUCUUGAUCUUCUAACUUUCGUUCAUAGUUACUUCGGUCAGCUACGGCAACGUAAAAGCUCACAGUACCUCUGGUUAGCCUUGCAACAGGGGACUUGGGUCUAUAUUUUGCGUAAUGGCACGGUCAUCGUCUGGGAAGACAGAAAGAAGAACUUUUCUGGUGAUACCCUUUUAAAUCAACUAGGACUUGCACCAGAACAGAGCGUGCACGAACAAGAGCUGCAAGGUCUUCAGAGGCUCGAGUGGAGUGAAGUUCUUUCUUACUCACUCGUGUCGUCCGAAAAUGAAGCCCACCCUCGUCAUGAUAGAGGAACCCAAAGCAGGACUACAAACACAACAUCACACACAACAUCUACUUCAGCCUCAACAUCACGGAACUCUUCUUCUUCGAACAACAAGGCCGCUAGGGAUUCACCUAGAUCUCACCACAGGAUUAGGCGUUCCCAUCAAAAUUCGUCUUUCGCUCUUCCACGUCCAGGACAACAUUCUCCCUCUAGUGGAGCCUCGUCUGCACGAGCAGGAACUUCUACAGUAGCCUUUCCCCUUUCUAGCACUCGUAAGCACAGCAGGACAGCCAAGCUCAAUCCGAUUGCCGCACAUCUAGAGAUGAACGUUGUCCCACAUGAACGCGAUUUGUUUGUACAAUCCGUAUCAGGAACCAGUGAAUCUUCUUAUGGUCAGGAGCUGCAAGAAAAUGAAAAUCUCAGUAACUACAACAGCUUCAUCAGCUACACACACGGAGCAACUUCAUCUAUGUCUUCAACAUCACGUGGUUGCGAAGCUUCUUCGACAUUGAGCAGUUCAUCUUCGACAUCGUACAAUUCGCUUCCGUCUCUCCUUUGCGCUGUUUCUUUUGCUUUGGAUUUUGCGGUCCGAACAAACCAACGUGAAGCAAGUACUCGCAAAUUCCUUGCUGACGUCGAUGGCAUCCUAGCGAAAAUGCGAACGGAAUUGCACUCGCGUUUGGCGAAUGUGUUUUGGGUUAGACGUGUUUCAGCGUUGCAGAAGGAAAUUUUUCAGUUGGAAGUGGACUGCCAAAAACUGAUUAUGAUGUUGACUCCAACAGUCUCAUUUCCCAAUGUAUUCGAAAAGUGAAAAUAAGCGAGUUGUAGCUAGAUGAAAUAACAGGGUCAGUGCGCUGCUCUUCUUUCAGUUUCUCGGUUAUUCGAAGCAGCAACUUGCUUAUUAUUAUUUCAGUUUUUCGAAUAACGAUUAUCAAUGAAUCCCCAUCAACUCAUCUCUCUCGGUAGAGUCUGAUUACCUCAUAUACGCCCUGAAUUUGAAGAAUAAGUUCUCUAACUAUCCGACAACACGAAUCCAUUCUCUCUAACCUCCUCUACGACCUAAAUACUCUAUCCGAGAACACGGAUGUUGAAGACCUGCUAUGGGAAACUGGAGAAGCUGAAAUAUUGUACGAGGACUGCGUCCGCCACUUCGAUGUGCCUUCACGCAUAGGCAAACUAAAGUCGGAAGCUGUGAUGAUGACAGAAACUUGUAGGUAUGGUUUCUUGGACAAAUAAGAGAAGACUAACAAGAUAAUUCUUGAUGAGUUGCCACAAUAAAAAAGAGUAAGAGAGUUUGUGAGAGACGAUGAAGAUCAGGGUGAUCUUCAUCAUCUACUUCAUCAUCAUACUCAGUAGAAUAUGCUAGUGCGGUAUUACUAGCAACCAUCCUGCCCAUUUUUUAUGUUUUAUGCGCCGUAGUAGACAUCCACAUCUCGAUCAUCUCCCAGUCCUUCUGUUGAUGAUGUGAAUUUACUCGGCAAUCUCCCAGUCCUUCUAAUCCCCAACGCACAACGAGCACGUUCGACAUGGGCACGCGUCGCAGUUGGAAGCAUGGAUCAUUUACCUGAUUUCCCUAGAAAUCUUUCUCUUUGUGGGAGAGCAUACGCGUUUUUUCUGUCUAGAUCUAGAUCUCUCAUGGCUAUCCUGGGGACAGAUGUUUUCAACAAAAACCUCCGAAAGCAGUGCCAGGAUUGAGGAUGCAGAUCAUCAUCGCAGCGUUGUUUCUGUCUAAGUAGAUCUCUCAUGGCUAUCCUGGGCGGGAGCGAUGUUUUCAACAAAAACCUCCGAAAGCAGAAGUAGGGUCGUUGACGAUGAAGACAAUGUUGAAAGCAAUACCAGAAUUGAAGAUACAGAUCAUCUACAGCUCCAUUGAAGAUGAGCAGCAGUUGAUGAUGGUGCUGUAGCAGUAGCUGUAAUUAUUGGCUGUAGGUGGAAAAUAUAGAAAGAAGUUCUUGCAACGAGCAACAAGGUUAUCAUGAUGUUUGACAAGUAGUGUUGGGAUUUUUCAGUUCUUGCAUCAACAUAAAGCCAUCAU